AUGAUCAUUACUGGUCCACGUGUAGCUACUCUAGACAGAGUUAGUGAGGGUUCAAGGAACUGGCCCUUUCCCCACAAAGCACUACCCCCACAUCGCGUCUUCCCCCGCUUUCCACUGGAGCUUGUGGCCUCAGUUACCUCAACCAAGUUUCAAACCCCGCCUCCCCCACCUCUACCAGCCGCGCGCGCGCACAGCUGGGGGUCCAUCUCUCCCUCGAGGGGGUGCGGCAGCAAGGGGGCGUGGCGAACGCGAGGCCCGUUUUGCAAUUGGUGGCGGCAGGGCCGCGUGAAGCCCCACGUGACCAGUGGGCUCGAGGGCCCACGGGCCUACGGGCUAUGGGCCCGGGAGCGCAGACGUGCUCAGCUGGGCUGGGACGUGGGCGGAGGUGGUAAAGGGGUAAAGGCGGAGGAGGGAGUGUCUGCGAACAGGCAACACAUGCCUGGCGUGGUGCCUUGCAGCUGGCGGCGGGUGGGGCCGCCGGGCGGGCCGCUGCUUUCCCCUGUCCGCGGAGGCUGCGGACGGGAAACGAUCCGGGUGGGGAGCAUCCCUGCCCAGACCUCUUCCUCUGAAAGUCUGCGGGAUCCAGGGGCCGGGAUUUUUAUCUGGUAUGUGGAGCUCUUCCCCCAAACAGGUGGGCAAGGAAGAAGUGGAGGCCCCAGCAUCUUCUCCGCAGGCCUGCACCUGGUGCAGUGAAGCAGGGGCAUAGAGAAGAGUGUGUCUGUGAUCUGCCAUGGAUUCCCAGGUCUGAUGUUCUGGUUUACCUUUCUGAAUUGGUUUUUUUCUUCUAUAAGAUAGGGGUGUACACGAAAGACAAAAACGCUAUUUUUUAAUUUUAAUUUUUUAAAAAAUA